AGUUAAUCCAAUCCCAUACCAAACACCCCUUAGGUUAACGGAGCAGCAUCUCGCGCUCAAAUAUCCAAGAAAUUGAUCGGGGUAAUUGAGUCAUCGGCGCUCUAGCCGAAGUGCGAAUAUAUCUAGGAUGCUCAUGCGAGAUCGGGCGAUAUCGUCUUCCAGAGUUUUGUAGUCACGUCGUUGACUUCUCGUCGUCACCAUCUCAAUUUCUUUGUUGAUAGAGAAAAUCAUCUGUUUGAUUUGUUAUAUAAAUUAUUAGGAGAAUAUAGUUCUGGAUCGCUUAUAGCUUUUGCGAAAAUUCGGCUUUUGGGAGUAGGAAACGUCACUGCAUUGAUAUAUGGCGAGAGGCUUGUAUUUUGGGACUAAAUCGUCAGCUAAAUAUAGUAAAGACUACUGGAUCUCUAAAUCAGCAGCCUUGACAUCCGCCUUACUCGUCGCCGAAGUCAUCUUAGUCGCAUUAAUCAUCUACUUCGUCCCAUAUACUAAGAUUGAUUGGGAUGCCUAUAUGUCACAGGUUGAUGGAUUCCUGGGUGGAGAGAGGGACUACAGCAAUCUGAAGGGAGAUACAGGACCCUUGGUUUAUCCUGCUGGAUUUCUUUAUGUGUAUUCUGCAAUAAAGUUUCUUACUGGUGGUCAGGUCCUUCCUGCACAGAUUUUAUUUGGCAUUCUCUACAUUGUAAAUUUGGGGAUCGUCUUUCUGAUAUAUCAGAGUAUUGAUGUGCUUCCUUGGUGGGCAUUUGUGUUGCUUUGCCUGUCAAAGAGAGUUCACUCAAUAUUUAUGCUUCGCCUAUUUAAUGACUGUGUUGCAAUGACUAUGCUUCAUGCUGCUAUGCUUUUGCUUCUCUAUCAAAAAUGGCAUUCCGCUUUAAUAAUCUUCAGUGCAGCUGUAUCAGUGAAAAUGAAUGUUCUCCUUUUUGCCCCACCCUUGCUUCUGCUUGUGUUGAAGGCUCUGAGUGUUAAGGGUAUUUUAUCCUGCUUGUUAUCUGCUGCAUUGGUGCAGGUUGUCUUGGGCUUGCCUUUUCUAUUGUCAUAUCCGAAGGCGUACAUUUCUAGAGCUUUCAACCUUGGUCGAGUCUUCAUCCACUUCUGGUCUGUUAAUUUCAAAUUUGUUCCAGAAGAAAUAUUUAUCUCAAAAGAACUUGCAAGUGCACUGCUGGUUAUUCAUCUUACAUUGCUUUUAAUAUUUGCACAUCACAAAUGGUGCAA